AUGGCAGACGAUCUUACAAAGAUGUGGGGGAGUUUCUCACUAUCUGACGAGGAAGGUACGGAGAUGGAGAUUCAGCCCCAUUCUAUGAUUCACUCUGUGAAUCGGGGCCAAUCGUGUUUGGUGGGCAAGCUGGUGUCCGAGAGAUUGGUGAGCAAGGAAAUAAUCAAAUUGAAAAUAAUUAAGGGGUGGAGAUCGACAGGUUCUUUAUCAUUUAAAGUUCUGGGAGAUAACUUGUUCCUGAUUGAAUUUGAGCACUCAUGGGACAAAUCACGGGUAUUGGAGGGGAGACCUUGGAUCUUCGAAGGGAGCUUAUUUGCGGUGGAAGAUUUUGAUGGAGUGACGCCACCUGCGGAGAUUGAAUUUGACAAAGUAUCCUUUUGGGUGAGGAUGAUUAACUUGCCUCUUGCAUGCAUGUGUAAGGAGGUGGGUUUUCAGAUUGGGGCAUCGGUGGGAAGUGUGGAAGAAGUGGACACAGACGAACAGGAUAUCGGGUGGGGUGAGUAUCUCCGAGUCAAAAUUCGGAUUGAUCUUAAAAAACCGUUGUCCCGGGGAAGAAUAUUGAAGUCAUGGGAAGGCAGGAUGUCUGAAUCGGAAGUCACCAGUCGGAGGUGGGAGUACCGACUACGGGCCUUGGUUGCGAGCAGAAUCGCCCUCACGACAUCUAGAUAG